GUAGACCAACUCGGCCCGUGGCUGGUCGGCGUGGGGGGUUGCCAUGGUGAAGCCGCUCACUGCCGCCGCCAGGUGCCGCUGAGGGGACACAUGUUUUGGUUCCACACUGCAGCUGAGGCUUGACCCGUGCAGGUGUCAACAUUGAGAGGAUGAGUGGGGAGAGAGAAGAUAUCCUUCUACAAGUCAACAAUGUUCGCUACAAGAAAAACAAUGGACAGUUGUAUCUCUCCCAAACUCGAAUGGGGUGGAUGAUGGAAGAAUCGGACACUUCUACUGUCAGCGUCCUCUACAAUGACAUCCGCACUCAGAAAAUCUCGCCUGAAGGCAAGCCAAAGGUUCAACUCCAGAUUGUUCUGCAUGACAUCUCUUCCUACACCUUCCAUUUCUGCACUCCUGAAGGAAGAGAAAAGCAGAUUGCAGAAAGGAAUAAGGUCAAGGAGCGGCUGAGUCAGCUUAUGUCCCAGAACCGGAGGCAGCCUCCUGAUGAACUUAUGGAAAAGAAGAGGAUGUUGGAUGAAAAUGAACAACUGCAGCAGUUGUAUCGAGCCCUUGUUCCCACCUCCAUUAUUUCUGUUGAUGAAUUUUGGAAAGAGAUUGCUGGUCAGUACAAGCAGAGUAUGGGACCACAGCAGGAUGUGGGUGUUUCAGGGGCCUUCCUGGCUGACAUUAAGCCACAAACUGAUGGGAGCAAUGGCAAGGUUCAGUAUAAUCUAACACCAGAGAUCAUGUCUUCAGUUUUCAAGACCUAUCCUGCCGUGAAGAAGAAACACGGCGAGUACGUGCCACACCGUAUGACAGAAUCAGAAUUUUGGACAUUGUUCUUUCAGUCCCACUACUACAGUGUCCACACCACUAGCCGAACAGAAAAUGUCUUCUCUGAGUGCUCCAAGUAUGAUGAUCGAGAGUGGAAUAGAGAUGUUAAUUCAACCCAGAGUGACCCACUGAACAACCUCAAUGACAUCUAUGAAGAGAAGCAGCUGGCAGUGGAUGAUGAACUGAGAGUUGGUGGUGCUAAGGCUGGUAGCAAUGCCAUCCAUGCCCUUAUGAUUAAAAGAUUUAAUCAGCAUAACCUCAACAUCAUUAAGGCACAGACAAACCUAGAAAAAGAAAAGUUAUUGGAUGAAAUUGCUGCCAAGAAUCCAAAUAAUGUUCCUAAUGGUGAAGUGAGUCAGGAAGUCACUCAGCCCAAAAGUAAAAAAGCUAAGUUGGAAGAAAAAAGAACGAUAGAUGACUUAGAGAACUCAAACAAGACAGAAGUGUCAUCUUUAACCAUCCACCAACGUGACCGUUAUCUCACAGGUCCCACUGAGUUGACUACUUCUCAAAGCAUUCAGCCGGAUCAGAUCAUGAUGUUAAACAAGCAGCUAACAGUCACUGCCAGCAUUUGGACACCCUCACUGAACAACAGUCAGGAGCCUGAUGCAGCAUACCGCUCACUGCAGCACUUCAGUGACAUGUGCCGCAAAGGACGAUCCACUAUUGGUGUGCGCACAGGUGAUCAGCUUCCAGGAAACCUACACAAAGAAUUGGGACAGGUGUAUAGCAGUGCUGGAGAACUCUUACGUCACUUCUGGUCAUGCUUUCCUCCUAGAACUCCACAACUGCAGGAAAAGCUACACAAGAUGCAUGAGACUCUGUGCCGCUACCAUAAUGCAACAAUAAGGCCAUUCCAGGAAAUGGCAGUUAAUGACUACAAUUGCAACAGCAGUAUUCUUGAUCACCUCAUAGAAAUGUUCCACAUUGCCAACACAAAGUUUGAAAACUGGAAAGCACGGAACUGCAGGUGAAACUUUGUAAGAUUCCUUUGGUAGUUUUUAGGCUUAUAAAUAAAUGGCAAGUUCAUUUUAUAGUAACCUGAACAAAUGAAACUGACCUCUACCUCACAUGGUGUCAGUGUCUUAGCUUGUCAGACAUGAGCAACAUAGGCACUAUUUUUCACCUGUCUCAAAGGAGAACAGACAAGCCUUUGGAUUAUGUGGCAAAAAGGAAGUGAUUAUGCCGAUUUUGAGGAGAGGUACAACAGUUGGAGCCUGUUGGUGCUGGUGUCUCCUGGUCAGUAUUUUAUUCUGCCUUGAAUGAUUGUAUAGCUGGCAUACAAGUGGCCCCACAUGGUUUAUGCAGUUCACCAAAUUGUCCCUACAGGAUACCUUACAGUCCUUCUUCCCGUUUCUUAUUUAGUGUUGCAGCAUUGAUAUCAAUCAUCAUGGAGACUGAUAGAUGCAGCAUUAUCAUGUAAAGAAAUAUAAGUUUCUGAGAUUAGGAGAGUGGGGCCUCUGAUCAGCUAUUAUUGUUGUAUUUGGAAGAUCUAUUUUCAUGCUCAAAUUUCUGUGUUUUAACAUCUGUUUUGUGUUAUUUAUGUCAUUGUUGAAUGGUAAAGAUGGAUGUGACCUGCAGGGAAUGACAGUCUGUUGCUAGUCAGCUGUGUUAUCUCAAUUUUUUUAUUUUCCACAAAAUUAGAAUGUUACAUAUUUGGCACAAAGUCAAACUAUAAUGUUCCAUAAGGAACUUUUAACUAAAAUAUGAUUGUUUUUACACUAAUCACGUAAUAAAACUGUUUGCCAGUCCAAAACAACUUGCAGGAACUUUUCCUAGAAAGUUUUGUUUCAGCCUUUCCCAUCCCCUUUUUUCCCCUUAAAAAAAGAAAAGCAAAAUUUUGCAGAGCCUUAUAUACCUCUUCAUGAAUAUUCUAGUUCCUCUUUACCCAAACAUUCUGUAAGGCUUUGACAUGCUCAGAAGGAUGGUUAUUAUAAAUAAAUCUGUGGAGCAGAUGAAGCCUUACUUCUGCCUUGUGCUCAGAUCAGUGGUGAAAUUGGACUAACAGGUGUGGGAUGACAUGUAUGCAUGUAGUCACUGGUGGGAUUAUAUUCUUUAAGGAAGUUCAGUAUUAAAUCAUGUUUUUGCAUUUACCAAACAUGUGUCAAUUCCUUAAAUGUAAAAGUUCACAUUUUAUGACAACUGAGAGUUAGCAGUCUGUGUGGCUCUCAGUGAUAGCAACUAAGUGCCCCAUGCAGUGCCACCAAUCACCUUGUCAACAAAGUAGGCUCUGUAGUCUUCCUUUGGCCCACCAGUAAACAUUUUUCAUACUUUAUUUCCUAAUAGCCCUCCGUCAACCUGAAGAAAUACCCAACUCUCCCAUGUCACCACUCUUGAUGUCCUUUAUGCCUCCCUUCAACAGUAAUGGUUCAGCAUCUCUAUUUACAAGUCAGUUUGCCUUGUUUCUGGGAGAGCAAAUGUUUUUAGAAAUAUGGAAAUAAGAUAUUUUUGUAGAAAAUAUUCCUGUAUAUAUACUAUUUGUAUGGAAUUUGCUUAUAAACAAAUAAACCAUAAAUUACA